AAAAAAACGAAGUAAGAGUUUGGACUGGGCAGGAAACCGAUAUAUAGGUAUAGAGUAUAUUAAACCGGCCUUAGCCGCUGCGUAUUUCUCGCCACAGUAUCGCAACUGACCCAGCGUAUAAGAUGGACGUAUUUGGGGAUAGUUAUGGAUCAGGUCCAUACUCCGGAAGCCGUCGAAGCCACCAUGGGUUUGAUGGGUCAAAGCCGGUCCACUUCAACCCCUUCAGGGGAAGCUUGAGCGACGACGAGGAUGGCUUUGAAGACUUCGAGGACUCUGAUGAUGAUAACUCGGCGUACGAAGAGUCUGCCCUGGCUUACGCGGCCGGGCCUAUCCAGCCCCCGGUAUACCCGCUGCCGACGGCGGCGGGGAUCUGGUAUGGCGAACAUUACGAGAAGCUGUCCAUCAACAGGCGGUUCCAAGCUGUCAUCCGCGAAUGUGAGGAUUACUACAAAAGCCGCCCAGGAUUCAACGGAUCAGCGGAACAGACCGAAAAGCUUCGUAUUUUCAUACAGAGAGCUCUCCAGGCAAUCCAUAUGGGGCGACAUUUCCACGCCUGUACUUAUCCUCUUGAUUAUACAAAUGAAGAUGAGAAAAAAAGAACCCCAGCGCCUCGCUAUGUAUCAGCUACUUGGAAGGACCUACUUUAUCAGCAGAAAGGGUGUCAUGAGGAUGUUAACGACCCGCCAUUUAACAAGCCGUCCUUUGACAAGGUCAGGACAGCCCUGGGGGGAGGGAAUGUUCCUCUAUCGGGAGGCGCGCGGGAUCCGAGUACUUUCGGUAAUAUCCGGGGCGGCGCUGCCUCGACCCCUUCGGACGCAACCUUCAGUAGCAGGAGGAGUCGUAAUCUGAAGAGGCGGUUCGAUCUCCAAUGGACGAGGCCAAGACAGACUUGGGGAGAGGCCCGAGUAAACUCCAACUUGGACAAGGGCAAUCUCGUCGACAAGCUUGCCGACCUGAAAAUCAAGGGGCCUCUGAUGUAUCCCUCUUCGGAUCUCGAUGAGGCGCUACGCGCUAGGCUCUCGAACCGGCUCAAGGCCGUGAUCGCCACGAACAGCCCGCAUUACGAAAGCGCCAAAACGAUUGCAGAUACCAACCUCAUUCGUUCCACGAUAUCGAACCUUGAGCGGGCCGUUGACAUGGGCAGGGUCAACGGGGAGGCGUUCCUCAAGGAUUUUGUUUCGAAAGCGGUAUCGGGCAGGAGCCGAUUCAGAUUCGUGAACCCGACUUCAGGAACCGAGCGAUUCAGCGGGGCGCUAGCCGAGGUUUUCGACGUGACCAUUGGCCAUCUCAUCAUCGUUUUCCUUUGUAACAAGCUCCUGGAACUAGAUAAUCAAGGCAUCACCGAUUUGAUCCAGGCGGAGAUUGGAUUCCUAGAGAGCCUAAGGAGGCAAGAGGAGAUCUGGGGAGAGUUCGACUUAUUCCAAAUCAGCUGGAAGGCCAUCGGAGAAAACGAUAGGGACGUGGUCGCUCGCCGUGUUCGUCUACGGAGAGAGCUAGACGGCUACUGGGCAACCCUUAUUGCGCAAUUCAACCAAGCACUUGAAAAGUUCAACGACCAGGGCUGGACAGCGUUCCCCGAGCAGAACAACACGUCUAAGAGCGUUACAGGGGGAGGAGUACUGACACCGCCCCAGACUUCGCCCGUUCGCCCGGACGUUCUUCCUCCGCCAGGGGAUGAAAGUGCUGGCGAUUCGGGCGAGGAAACGAAGAACCAGUCUGAUAGCGCCUUGCCACAGGAUCCCACAGAUCCCGACGAUAUCAGCGAAUCGGACGUGUUCCCGCCACAAACCAAUACUACUUCUUCGCCUGAGACUCCGACUCGUGAGGGCAUAAAUAAAUCAAUCGAUGUGCUCAGCCGGCUGCGUAGGGGAUACGCGCUGUCUCUUCAAGCGUACAUCGACGCGAACGAUCAGCUCGACGGCGGUGACCCGGGCGACGCGCCGAGGAUCAAGGCGAACAACGAACAGAUCAUGUCGUACAACAAGUUGAUCUGGGACCUGGAUACGGAGAUCGCGAACCUGAGAAGUCGAAAGCCGCUGGACAAUCUCGGCGCGAGUACGAAGAAUGUUAUCAUUGCGCCUCUACCGGCUUGGGAGCUUUACAAGUAUACCAAGAGGUUCGAAGGCCAGAAGGAUCUGCCUGGGGAUAUCCGCAGUUUGGCGCCCGGUAACUUGCCCGGCGAUCACCCGGCGCCAGGCAUCCCUAGGGUCGUCGUAGGCGCUCCCCAGAGCUUCGGCCAAUAUCCUGCUCCGGCCACCACGCCUAGGACCCUACCUCCAGCUUCGAAUCCCGUUCAGCCUCCGGUUCAACCUUCAGUACUGCCUAAGACUGUACCACUGCCAAAGACUCUGCCACUGCCAAAGACUCUGCCACUACCUCAGACUCUACCUCCAGUUCAACCUCCCGCUUAUCAGACCGGGGGCCCGGCUCCUGACAAUCAAGGUCAGUCUCAAGCUUUCUACGAACGUCGUCGUGCUGGCUAUCCCGCUGUCGACCUGCGUGAAGAAGUGUCCGGGGGUGAAAGUGGUGACCCUCCUGUUUCUCCCCGUUACCGUCGCAGUCGUCACAACCCCGUCAACCGAACCCUAUUUCCUAAUAAGCCGGGGCGCACCGUUGUUGACUUGUCGACCGAGGAGGCCACGCCGCUGCACGGGCACUCACACCCCGACAGAAGGCGUGUGGUCCACUCUCGUGCCGACCGUUUCCGAAACCCGAGGACUAACCCUUAUGAUGAUGCAGUCCCCUCGAACCAGCCGGGCCAGCCAGCUCACACGUACGAGUGGUCUUGGAACGAGCUCCCGGGCAUGACCUUCGAGCAGUAUCUCCAGACGCUGCCGCCGUCCCUCCAAGCUGACACGGACAGCGCCAAGUACCACUACGACAUUAUCAAGAGCUCCGUAGCGAACGUCAACGAGACGCACAACCAAGCGUUCCAGCGUCCCAAGGAGCUCGACAAGUUGUAUCAGCAGCAAUACAACCGCAGGACCACGGCGACGCCUAAGAGCGGGCCCGUCCGCGAGUGGUCCAUGAGCGACAUCGCGAACAUGACGUUCGAGGAAUACUACAACUCGCUCCCGGAGAGGAGGAGGCCGGACGAGAUAAGCGCCAUCAAGGACUUCAAUUCCAUCCGGGCUAGCAUCGACAACAUAGCCAAGGCCUUCUACCCGGAGCCCGCCCCGCCGGAGGGGUCGGCCUCGGCCGCGUCGGUGCACAACACGAAGCUCCCCAGCACGAAGUCUCCCAGGAAGCCGCACGCGCAAACCCCCGUCAGCAAGGGGUCGGCCAUCUCCGGGGGGGUAACGAAGCCGAAGCCGUCGAGGAAGAAGUCGCGGUCGGGCGCGUCGAAGCUGUCCCGGCACCCCUCGUACUGGGACUGGAGCGACUGGGCCGAGCUCGUCGACAACCGGUACGACCAGUACCUGCAGAAGCUCGACGAGAGCGAGCGGGCGAGCCACGCGCUAUCCGAGCGGCAAUUCUACCGUCUGAGGCGCGAGGCCCUCAGAUCGUUGUUGACGUCCGGACACGUUAACGAGGCCAAUCAGGCAGAUACCGGCGUGAUAGCCCGGUCCGGUCUCUUCGACGAGUACUUCAUGGAAAGGCUAGGGAGAACAGCACAGGGCCAGAGCGGGGCGCCCGUCCCGAGCGUCAUACCGCCCAGGCGGUUCCCGCCGGUCCUGCCUACGGUCCCGGGGCAAUAUGGCACCCAAUACGGCGGCGCCACCAGCACCAGCCUGCCGGCGCCGGGGGAUAGUCCUGCCAACAAGAUCCGACGCUUCGUCCCGAGCCCACAUAGGUUCGGCCCGCGCGACAGGACCUUACCCGGUCCGUUCCACCGCUCGCCUACUAUCCCGCCGACGCCGUCCCCCUUUCGACCCAGGACAACGCCUCAUACACCCACGCAAUUGCCCCCUUCCACGGAAACCCCAUACUCAGCACCACCAGUAGUACCUCGACAUAUCCCGGGUCCUGCCCCUACCCCUGCCCCACGACCUACUCCAGCUCCCGGCCCGGCUCCCGGCCCGGCCCCGGUACCCAAGACCAUCUCAGACAGCCCGCGGCGCGUGCGCUCGAUCUUCAGCAAGAAGCGCAAGGUGCGGGACUACCUGGAGCCGGCGGAGGCGGUGGAGCCGGACCCGGAGGAGCUGGUGCCGGACGGGGACGGGUGGCCGGACCUCAAGUACCUGAUGCGGGCGUACCGGACGGCGGAGCGCGCGCAGGUCGCGCUGCCGCAGCGGGCGGGGCGUAUGGUGCAGGCCAAGUGGCGGAUCCGCGGGGUCAACACGCCGGUGGCCUGGAAGCCGGGCAUGGCGCAACUUUGAGAAAGAAAAAAAAAUGAAGGUGGGACGGGAUGGGCAUAUGUCGGUGCUGUCUUGAAAGAAAGAAAAGGUAGAAGGGGUAGGCGGACGGACGGACGGAUGGACGGAGGAUUAGUUUAUUCGACGGGGAACCUGAAUCACGCAUAUUAUACAACUUAGGAGGGAGAGGCUAGGAGGGUAGGAGUUUCUGGAGCUUUAAGUUAGGAGGGACUUGUAAGAUGGGAGAGAAUUGGGGUUUUUUUUUCCACUUUCUUUUUUGUAGGGUACUUACAUCUAACCUACUGCCAUAGAGCUUUUCUUAUGCUUUCCUUUGUAGGAUAAAUUUAAUUUAGGUAUUUCCGUUUGUUGA